ACCGUUCAGAGAAGAAAUCAAAGUAUGGCUUCCAGGUUUGUACGUGUCGGAGUGACACCUGCUCCACGUUGCUCCGUUGAAACUAGGGAAAAAACAAUGGCUGUCUUUGAGCAAGCUGAUGAUUACAAACAAAAAUUUGUGGCUGAAAUAACUGAUUCAUUUAAAAAUGGCAUUUGCAAAAUUCUACAGCUUGCAAGAGAUCUUCAGGCAGUAGACAGGAACCACAUGGAAAAUGAUUCAUGGAAAAUUCGAAUCUCUAUUUUAGUUGCUAAAAUAACUCUGUCUCAGUCUGAAAUGUCUGCCAAGGGCCAUGUGGAAAAAGUGGAUGGAAAAUGUGUAAACCUUGUUUAUGAAAAGAAACGGCUUGAAACAGAAGAAAAAGAGAAAAGGGAGAAGUUGUUUUCAAUGCAAACGAAUUUGAAACAUUUGGAGGAGAUGCUGAAAAGCUAUAAAGAGAGCCUCAACCAGGCAAACCGUAAUCUGUCUUCUGCCCAGGAAAAUGUAAAGUCUGCCAGGCAUAAAGCAAGAGAACAGGAGACUGUCAGAGAUGUUGGUAUUGGAAUGCUGUUUCUACCGUUUAUUGGUCCCAUAGUAGGAGGAAUAAUGAUUGGUGUGGGUCAGACGGCCAUGGAAAAUGCUGAGCAUGCUGAGAGAGUUGCACAAGAAAAUGCAGACAGUUGGAAAAGUGAAGUUGCUAAGCAUAACACAAAUUUCUGGGAAUACAUAAACAAAAUAAAUCUCCAAAAAAAAGAUAUUGAUUUAAUCAGUGGGCGCUUGCAGAAAAUUUCAUGCGAGUUGAAGAGCCUGUCUCAGGUACGCCUGGAGAUGGGUGAGGUUCAGAAGAAGCUGAAGGAUGCCACCUUUUAUCUGAGCACACUGGCUGGGAAAAUGCAGGCAGCGGAGGUGCAAACCAGGAUCGUCGUUUUCUUUGAUCCAUUAAUUAAUAUUUUACAUGAUAUCACCCAAUAUUUAUGCAAACAAAAGAACCUGGAGCUCUUCCAGCUGCAUGUUGAGCCAAUGAUCAAGCAACUGAAAGAAGAGAAUGCCCGCCUGAAAGCUAUCUGUGACGAUGACAGUGAAUCCAUCCAGUUUUAUUAAGCAGGGAAAUAUUAAUUGCAUGUAAAGCAUGUAACACUUUUGAUUUUACUGUGUUAAGAGUGGGACUGCAAAACAAAAUAACAGUGUGACAAACUAC